AUGCCUUUCAUGUUUACAAUUUUUGCUUUGAUAUUUUUAGUCUCAGGAGAAAAAUCAACUUACAUUGUCCACAUGGACAAGUCUUUCAUGCCCAAGGCUUAUUCUCACUACACACACUGGUAUUCCUCCAUAGUUGAUUCCCUAAAAUCAAUUAGCCCAACAUUAAAUGGCCAGCAUCAGAGCCCUCAAAGCCUUGUUUAUACUUAUGACAGUGCAUUUCAUGGGUUUUGUGCUGUUUUGUCGAAACAAGAACUCCAAACUCUUAAGAAAUCACCAGGGUUUGUCUCAGCUUAUAAUGAUAGAGAUGUUACACUUGAUACUACACACACUUUUGAAUUCAUGUCUCUGAAUCCUGCCACAGGAUUGUGGCCUGCUUCUGAAUAUGGCAAAGAUGUAAUUGUUGGGGUGAUUGAUUCUGGUGUCUGGCCGGAACGUUUAAGCUACAACGACGAUGGAAUGGGUGAUAUUCCGGUAAGGUGGAAGGGUAUUUGUGAGGAGGGACAAGAUUUUAAUGCUUCAUUGUGUAACAAAAAGAUUAUCGGAGUCCGGUACUUCAACAAGGGACUUCUAGCUGCAAAUCCUAAUACAACAUUGAGUAUGAACUCUGGAAGGGAUACUAAGGGCCAUGGCACACACACCUCGUCCACCGUUGCUGGAAAUCAUGUCAAUGGUGCUUCAUUUUUCGGUUAUGCCUUGGGAACAGCAAGAGGUAUGGCCCCACGUGCUCAUGUGGCAAUGUAUAAGGUCAGUUGGGAUGAAGGAGAAUGUGCUUCUGAUGUUCUUGCUGGUAUGGACCAAGCUGUUGCUGAUGGUGUUGACGUUAUAUCGAUUUCGAUGGGAUUCGAUAAUGUUCCUCUGUAUCAAGACCCUAUUGCUAUAGCCUCUUUUGGUGCAAUGGAGAAAGGGAUCAUUGUUUCCUCUUCAGCUGGAAAUGAUCGUGUUAUUGGAAGUUUACACAACGGAAUUCCAUGGGUUUUGACAGUUGCAGCAGGUUCGAUCGACCGGUUGUGUGCUGGAACAUUGACUCUUGGAAAUCGUAUGUCCAUCGAGGGGUGGACUAUGUUCCCUGCACCUGCCGUUGUCAAGGAUGCAUCUCUUAUCUACAACAAAACAAUUUCUUCUUGCAAUUCAGCUAUGGGAUUGUCGUCAGUUGGAUAUGGGAUAGUCAUAUGUGAAAAUGGCUCAUUCUAUGAACAACUUUCCUAUGUCUCCCAAUCGAAUGCUAUUGCUGGUAUCUUCAUCUCUGAUGAGAUAUUUGAAGACAGUUAUUUUAAUUUUCCGGGAGUUGUGAUCACAUCCAAGGAUGCUCCAGUUCUUAUCAAUUAUGUCACAAAAGGUGCAAAGCCUGUUGCCAGCAUCAAGUUCCAACAAACAUUUUUCGGGGCAAAACCGGCCCCGAUGGUGGCUUCGUAUACCUCUCGUGGCCCAGCCCUAAGCAAUCCUGGCAUCCUAAAACCGGAUGUGAUGGCGCCAGGAACGUUAGUCCUAGCAUAUUGGGUUCCAGAUACUAAAACAGCAUAUAUUGGUUCCAAUAUUGCUUUAACCAGUGAUUAUAAAAUGGAUUCUGGUACAUCCAUGGCAUGCCCUCAUGUUGCAGGCAUUGCUGCACUUCUUAAAGGAGCGCACCCUGAAUGGUCUCCAGCCGCCAUUCGCUCCGCCAUCAUGACAACUGCAAGCCCAUUUGAUAACACAGGGAAUUACAUUCGAGAUUUGGGCCUAGACAGAAAAAUUGCUACACCUCUAGCCAUGGGAGCUGGACAAGUUAAACCAAAUUGUGCUCUUAAUCCCGGCCUCAUAUACGAUGCAAGGCCCCAAGAUUACAUCAAUCUACUCUGCUCGAUGAAUUACACGCAACAACAAAUCAAGACCAUCACAAGAUCGAGCUACACUUGCUCAAAUACAUCCUCCGACCUCAAUUACCCAUCCUUUAUAGUCUUUUACACCAAUGGAACAACGACUAAGCUGGUUCAGAAAUUCCAGAGGACCGUUACAAAUGUCGGAGACGGAGUGGCAACGUACAAGGUUAAGGUGACAGCACCAGAAGGUUCGAUUGUUAAUAUAUAUCCAACAACAUUGGUGUUUGGAGAGAAAUUUCAGAAACGGAGCUAUACUGUAACUAUAAGUUACCAGGGGGACAGUUCAGGAGAAGUUACAUUUGGUUCACUAAUUUGGGUUGAGGAUAAUGGAAAGUAUGCUGUGAGGAGUCCUAUUGUUGUGUCCCCUAUGAUUAACACUUGGUCACCAUUUAUUUGA